GAGCCUAACGCUGCCGGAGUAAAGAAACCGUGUUUAGCUUCUUUUUUUUUUUUAAGCUAGUUUUUAAACAGAGCGCAGUGUUUUUAAACAGAGCUAAGCUGUUUUUUAGGCUGUGCUGGGGCUUUAUUUAAUAAAGCGGUUGUCUGCCCUGACGCUUCCAUUUGACAUUGUUCAGAGGUAGUCAUGGUGGUGAAAAAGAAGGCUCCCAAAGUGGAGGCCUUGGCCUUGGACACUGCCAAGCUGGAGAGCCUAAAUGCUUCUCUCUCUGUAGAUGGAGACAGUGACUCCAGACAGCUUGCCCAGACGCUGAAGGACUGUUUGGCCUCCACUGAUCCGGUUCAACAGAUCCAACUAGUCUCUAAGACAGGUUCCAUGCUGGAGCAGUUAAGAGAGGAUGAGUCGGCUCCUGGUGCUUUACUCCUGGCCUGCCUGGACACUCUGUCAGAUGUUUACCUCUCCCUGCAGGCUAAGAACCCACUAAAAAGAGCCGUUGCCAGCGCUCUGAGUAAUGUUCCAGACUGGCUGCAGGACAGAACUGUGUGCAGUUUAUCUUCAUGUUUAUCCGCCUCUCUUUCUUCUCUGGGCUCUGAGCAUUAUUCACAUCUCACAGACUGCAUCACUUCGUGUCUUGAUGGAUUCCCAAUAGGAGAGAGGUGUAUUCGUCAUUUGCUAAUAGAAGUUCUCCAAUUCUUCCAGAAGGCAAUAAGUGAAUAUCUUGAGCUCAACAGAAGUCUAGUUGGUCGUCAUGUGGCCCAGGCUCAGCUUAUGCAGUCCUGUCUGGCUGUGGUUAAGGCCUCUAUGGUGGUGGUUCAAAAAUGUCAAGAGGUUAUCAGCACCAACUUGCAAGAAACACCAGUUACCAGCACUCUGCAGCAGUCAUUCAGUGGUCUGCUGCAAUGUUAUACAUGCAUCCUGACUGACGAGGAGUUCAUUCAGUCAGUGCAGAGCACAGCUGGAAUGGCUGUAGUGUUGCUCAUUAAGUCUGUGAUGGGGAAUGGAGAUGAUACGGCUGACACAGUGGCAGGUCUGUUGCAGUGCUCAGAAAAGGAAGGUAACAGUGCCCCCCUGUGGCUGAGGGAGAGCUGUGCAGGGCUGUAUGUGAAGAGCAGGCCAGCAGCAGUGGCUCUUUAUCUGAGCCAUGGUGCUCUGGCUAUGCUGAGCUGGAGGGGAUCACAGGAUGAGAAACUACUGCUCCUUAUACCUGAUGUCAUCCUGUCUCUGGAUAUAAGGGUGAAGGAGUCUAGCACUGCUAUGGUUGUGGCUCGGGUCCUAACGCUGUGGAGCAGCGCUGCUGUAGAUUGUCUCCAGACUGACAGUUCCCCUCCUCCUCCUCUCCUCCAUCAUUCACUGCGUGGUGACUCUCCUCUUCCCUCGCGCCUCCUCCACCACGUCUACACCCACUGGGAGCAUCCUUUGGAUGGCGUCCGCCACCAGGCCCGAACCCUCUUCCGAAACCUUCUAUUGCUCCACCAGCACUGCAGUGAUAAAGGCACUGACCCAACCAGGGACCCAUAUGUCACCCAGCUGACCCAGAGCCUGCUGGCGUUGGAGUGGCAUGUGAAGGGAAAGUAUGGUGCACUGGCAUGUCUGGCCGAGCACUUAGGGGCUGAAUACCUUCUCAAUCUUAGUGCUAUUCUGCCGUCCAGGCUCUUAGGUCUGAUGGGUGAUCAGACACUGGCACCGUAUGCUAGUGAGCUGCUGGAGAGGCUCUUUGUCAGUCACAAGACCCAGCUGUGUGGUCAACUGGAGGGUGGACACGGCUGGAUGGACGAAUGGCACAGGACCUGGGUGACGCCACUUCUGGAGGUGUUGUGCACGGCCAGGCUGGAUCAGACCACAUACAUCCUGGAUUACUUCCUCCCCAAACUGUUGCGCUGCAGCCCUGAUAGUUUAGGGCAUAUGGUACAAGCCCUGCAGGAGAUGCCGUCUGGCUCAGAAAGCUCGCUGGGUAGCAGAGGAGCUCUGGGGGCUCUAAUGACCUGCCUGCGUGCUGCCAGGGCUCAGGGAGUGCUCAAGCCUGCAGAUGAUCAGUUGUGGGGAGGGCUGGUACCACUCCCACUGCUACAGCAAGCUCUGGUGCACAAGCAUGACCAGGUACGCAUGGACGCUCUCGGUUUGGUGUGUGAGAGCCAUCGCAGCACAGAGACCCUCUCCACCCAGGAAAUGGACCUGAUCCGCCACUUCCUGCCCAGCAACCUCAACAGCCAGUCACCUGGGGUCAGACAGCAGACGGUCAGCUUGUUCAAAAAGUUGCUGUGUAGGUUGAAGGAGAGCACUCAGUCACUGCAGAGGAGACUCGCUCAGGAGAGAGAUCAACAGAACAGAGAGAGAGACCAGCAUGUUCUCAACACGUACCAGGAGUUCCUGUACUGGUUCUGUGAUCGGCUCUUCCAGGUGCUGCAGCCAGGAGCCUCCUUCUCCAGUUGUCUGGUGACUCUGCAGUUGCUGGGACUUGUUGCCGAUCAGUUUUCCUUCAGCAUGGACUCUGAGGGCUUUGCUCUGGGAAGAUGUGUGACCGUUCCGCAUGCCCAGGCUGUUCUGUACUGCUUGGCCAGUAACUUCCUGGAAGUGAAACAGUUGGCCUGCACCCUCCUGCAGAAACUGCCUCCUGAAACAGUGGGCCUACAGGAGCCAGAGAGGCUGCAGUUUGUGCUCCAGGCUGCCCUGGACCUCAGCACCAGCACCAAGCCUUUUGACAGUGUCACAGCCUCCCACCUGCUCAAUCUGCUGCUGCAUCAAGAAGAACUUCAGCAAGCACUUCUCCACUGUGCUCAGAACCAAAACAUCCAUUUCCAGCUCCCAGUUCUAAUCCAGUCCAAUGCUUCUGAAGCCUCUGUCUUGGAGAAGAACACACUGGCAGUGAUCCUGUUCUUGACUGCAUGUCUGAAGGCUGAAGUUGUACAGGCUGAGAUGUCUCUGCUGCAGGCAGCUGCCUCCUUUCCUCUGUAUGGCAGAGCUCACUGUAUCACUGCAGCCCUGCAGCAGCUCAGCACCGGGUCUCUCCAGCUGCAGGCUGAAUGGACGGAUGUAGUUUCGGACCUCAUUGCGCUUUGCUACAGGAUGUCUGAUGUGGUGUCACCUGUCGUCCAGAGCUCCUCCCCUGAGGGCUUAAUUCCUAUGGAUACAGAUUCUGAAACAUCUGCUGGCCUACAGAAGAUCCUCCAAGAGAUCCAGCCUCGUGACACCAACGACUUCUUCACCAGUGCUCGAGAAUUGAAUGCAACCUCAGACGAGCAGACACGUACACAUCAGGCCAAUGCCUCUGGGUCUGCAGGUGAAGCUUAUCGGGUCACUGCUCAGAUGGUGCUGGUCUGUUGCUGGAGGAGUAUGAAAGAGGUGUCCAUGCUCCUGGGAGAACUGUGUCAGAGCAUGCCUCUUCAUACCCACACCCACAAAGGCCUCAUCACUGAGGAACAGGUUAAAGGUGUUGGACAGUAUUUUCGGGAGCAGCUUCUUCAGUCUCGGCACAGGGGGGCUUUUGAACUGGCCUACGUGGGCUUUGUGAGGCUGACUGACAUGCUGUGCAGGAGCGGAAGUGCCACUCUGCAGCAGCUGCCAACCCUAUGGUUAAAGGAGGUUCUGGAGGAGGUUAAAUGCAGCGACCCCUCUUCUAAACUGUGUGCCACCCGCCGCAGUGCUGGAAUCCCCUUCUACAUCCAGGCUCUGCUGUCGUCUGAGCCAAAGGCCUCUAGCUGUAGCCUGUUGAAGAUGACCAUGAAGGAGCUGACUGCCCUGGCCAUGCCAAGUCUUGAGGGAGCUACCGAGCACAGCACUGUCCCACAGGUCCACGCUCUGAACAUCCUGAGGGCUCUGUAUCGGGACACUCGUCUGGGGGAGAACAUCAUGCCAUUUGUGUCCGAGGGGGUCAAAGCUGCUGUGCUUGGAUUUACCUCUCCAGUUUGGGCUGUGAGGAAUUCCUCCACUCUCCUCUUCAGCAGCCUGGUCACUCGGAUAUUCGGAGUAAAGAGAGGAAAAGAUGAGCAUUCCAAGAAGAACAGGAUGACUGGCCGAGAGUUCUUCACUCGUUUUCCAGCCCUCUAUCCUUUCCUCCUCAGCCAGCUGGAAGAAGCAGCAAGUUCAGUGGAAAGUGACUCUGGUCAAGUUAAGCUGCACCCCAGUCUGUUCCUGCUUUUGCUGAUUUUGGGCCGGCUCUACCCAUCACCAAUGGAUGGAUCUUCAUCUCCUCUAGGCCUGGCUCCUUUCAUGCCCUUCAUUAUCAGUUGUGCCCGAUCUGCUGUGUAUCGCACUAGAGAGAUGGCUGCUAGAGCUUUGGUUCCAUUUGUCUUGGUCACCCACGUUCCAGCCACUAUCCAGACCUUAUUGGAGAGCUUUCCGAUGGAACCUGGCCCAAGAACCCAGCAGAACCACACCCAUGGAACUCUGCUACAGGUGCUCUUCCUGCUGAGAUCUUACCUCACAGACACUCACCGGCCCCAGACGCCAGCAGAAGACCAAGACAGUGACAUCAUUAAAAACCUCCGGCCAAGACUGUGGCUGGCCGCAAGGCUGAACCCGUGUCUGGUGACUCGAGGGGCGAUGCUGGAGCUGUUGGCUGUUGUGUGUACGUCUUUCCCUGUUCCUGCAGAAGAUUCUCAGUUGAAGAACCUGCGUGAAGAGACACUGGCCAUUCUGAUGGACUCUGAGCUUGUGGCCCCUCGAAGCCCUGAUGAAGUACGGCUCUCGGGCCCCGGAACCACGCAGUAUCUACAGAGCCUGUCGUGCUUAGCAACCAGUGUCGCCAUGGACUCUGCCGGUAUGUGGGGGAUCCAGGAUGUGGACGGUGUGCAGAAGGACCUCCUGAGGCGUCUGCUGCAGUGCCCGCAUUAUGAGGUGCGGCAGCUGGCCCUGGACAGGCUGCUGGAGAGACUGGAGAAUAUGCAGUGCAGUGACCUUCAACCUCUGCCCUUUGACCUGAGUGGGACCACCUUGACCCACCUAGCAAUGAAUGAGCCUCACAGCGCGUGCCUGUCCAAGGUUCUGCAGGUUCUUACAGUUCUUCCCUUAAACUCAAUCUUACCAUGGAAGGAUGGCAGUGUGUCUCUGAACGGUGAAGAAGCUCUAGAGUAUCUUCUCUCUGUGGCUGAGAAAUCUACACACAGCUUGGAGCUGCACUGUGCUGCCCUCUCCUUGGCCUCUCGACUGAUGUUGCACCUGGUAGAAGAAAAGAAGCUGCAGGUGGAGGAGCUGGGUGGGGCUGCAGUUGCACAUGUGGCCCUCUGGGGGGCGAUGGUGGCACAGUGCUGUAGUGAGGAAAGGCCAGUGGAGGUGAAACUGAUGGCUGCAGAGGUUUUGGUCAAGGCCACGCCCACUCUGCUGACCGCUUCGAACCUGCUGCUUGGUAUCUCACACACCUUGGCGCUGUGGCAGAGUCUCUUCACCUUACUGCAGGAUGAAGAUCAAGAUGUACGAGACAGAGCUGCUGACUUCGUCUGUUAUGUGCCAAAACACCUACUUACCACAGGUGUUACCACAGGACCUGUUUCUUCUCCUGUUGCUCUGGAGAUUGGGGUGAAACUCCUGUGCCAGCUGUUCCAGGUGUGGGGCCAAGUGGCAGUUGGUGUGAUUAGUCUGACUGAGUGGCUGCUGGGAGAUGACCAGGUGGAGCUGGGCAGUGCGGACACACCUGACUUGGAUGAAGAGUUCCUCUUCGAGAAGGGAGAUCUGAACCUGUGGGUAGAGCCCCUGCAGUGGGCACAGCUAUUACACACACAGCUGUGUGCCCUCUCCACAGCACCAAGCUUACCCGCCAUGCACCAGACGGAACUGGACCGCCUGUCCUCUCUAGCCAACACCAAAGCCCAGACUGCAGGACAGGCUCUAGCCGCUCUUUCUCCGCUACCUCAGUUUUCUGCCACCAUAGAGCACGCUAAGCUCUCUGUGCUGAAAGAGAGGGCCACACUAGCUCAAAACAUUGUCGCAAUACUCAGACAAAAGGACCUGAGCUAAGAAACCAAAGAACCGAGCUGAGAACUUUUUCAAUCAACCCUCCCUUUCAUUUUAAACCAGUUAGACACAGCAAUUUCAGACCAUUUUCCUUGCAAAUUAAGAGAGAGAGAGGGUGGCCAGAGCAUUUUAAACUGGCCUGAGGAGUUCACAGGGAAGCGAGGGCUAUUAAGUAGUGACUGCAUGUCCGCUUUCACGCCUCGGCCAAGAGCUGCUGACGUCAGACCAAUCUAUUCUCUCUGUGCGACUGCCUACAAAUAUUAUGAUUAGUUUAUAAUUUCCUCCCUGUCUUUGAAGGAGUUUUAUUUCUUCAAGGCCAGCCCAGGUCAGGACUGUAAACAUUGUUUUAGUAUAUUAUGAAUUUAUUUCAAAUGUGUGGUGGGCUCGCGUGCUUCCCUCAAAAACGCGGAAUUAUGUGCCGGCAUGACGCUCGCCCACAAACUUGUUUUUCAUCAAAAUAAAAGACUCAUUUUUAUUACAUGCA